AUGGCCACGUUGAUACACAAAAUUUCCAUUAAUGAAAAUUCAUUAAUAAUCGAUGUCUUUGAUAGAACAGAUGGAAAUAUUCGAAUUGAAGACAAUGGCCGAGUGAUCAUUCAUGAUCAGUCAGUCCAUGAUUCAGCAGCUCGUGGUAGAUGUGAAUAUUCUUCGGGACAACAUCGGUUUCGAUUUAAAAUUGAACAACUUGAUGGCAACAAAUGGGCUUUUUUUGGAAUUGUAUCAAAAAAUGCUGCUAUUCAGCGACAGUCAUACUACACUCUCACUACUUAUGGUUGGGCCGGACGAAAUCAAGUCUACUUAAAUGGUGUUCAGAACAUCGGAACAGCAACGUUGGUGCUUGUUGAUAGUUAUAUUGUUGAUACUGCACUAGUAUCAGCAGCUAAAGAAAAACUAGUUCAUGAAAACACAAUAAUCGGCUAUGGUAUUCAUCGAGAUGGUCAAAGUGAAUGGAAUAGUAUUGACAAUACAUUCAUUCAGUACGUUACAAAUAGUGAACAGAAUGAAAAACUCGAACGACUAUUAACAAUACAUAAAUAUGGACAUUUUGCUGAUAUUGGAGCUUUUUAUGAAGCUGCUGAUCAACAUGGAGUUCAAGAUCGAUUAAGCAAUCGAUUGUUCAAAUGGAUAUUUCCUUUGCUAAUUAUGCCAGGAAAUCGAGCUGUUGAAAAUUUGCGGAAACGAUAG